AGAAAAAGAAAGAAAAAAAAAUUGGACUGUUCAAUGCUAAGAAGAUUUGGGGUUUGCAAAUUCAUUCCACCAUCCACCAACUACUUAGGAACCAGAAAAUACUUGAAUACUGCAACAAAGAUGUCUUCCGGAGGUAAAAUUACAGACUGGGCUAGUGCGGACGGUGAAUUCCGACGUCAAACAUCAUCGUUUCGAGAAACGAUUUCCAAGGACCAUUCGAUCUUUCGCCCAGAAAUUGGCCGUUAUCAUUUAUACGUGAGUUUGGCUUGCCCUUGGGCUCACCGCACUUUAAUUGUUCGUAAGUUGAAGGGAUUGGAAGAGGUAUUGCCCGUCCAUGUUGUUGGAUGGUUGAUGGGCCCUAACGGAUGGGACUUUAAUAAGGAACACGGUAGUACUGGUGAUCCAGUUUACCAAAGUCCUUUGUUGAGAAACUUGUAUUACCGUGCUGAACCCAACUACAACAUGCGCUUCACUGUACCGGUGGUAUGGGAUACGAAGCACCAUACGAUUGUGAAUAACGAAAGUGCAGAAAUUAUCCGCACUUUGAAUUACGAAAUGAACGACUUGAUUCAAGAUCCCAAGAAGAAGGAGCUCGAUCUUUAUCCAAAGGAGCUCCGUUCGGAGAUCGAUAAAUGGAACGACUACUUUUAUGACACGCUCAACAAUGGUGUCUACAAGUCUGGAUUUGCUACUACUGCCGAAGCUUAUGAAAAGAACGUAAAGAUUGUGUUUGAAGCUCUUGGGAAACUCGAGGAAUUUCUCAAGAAGUCUGGUGGUCCCUACUUCUUUGGCGAUCGCUUGACCGAAACCGAUAUUCGUUUGUACACCACGGUCGUUCGUUUUGAUGCCGUUUAUGUGCAACACUUUAAGUGUAACCUUGGUACAAUUCGCCAUGAUUAUCCUCAUGUUAACAAAUGGCUUCGUAACCUUUACUGGCGCCACCCUGCCUUUUAUGAAACCACCGAUUUUGAUCACAUCAAGUUCCACUAUACAAAGAGCCAUUCUCAAAUCAACCCAUUGGGUAUUACUCCCUUGGGUCCUGUGCCACCUAUUGAGCCUUUGUAAACUAGAAGGACUUUUUCGUUAUGAAUGAUAUUUAUAAUGGUACAUACAUCAUAUAAAGAGUCGAGUAGUAGUAGUACUAGUAGUAGCAGGAAUAACAACAACAGCAGCAGCAGCAACAAUAACUAGUUGGUUAGCAUAAACUUUGCCCCAAGAUGAAAACUUGCACUUUAAAACGUGUCAUUUU